AUGGCAAAAGAGGAUCAUAGGUGGAUGCUUGAAACCGGCAAGCUAUCGGAUUUCAAGCUCAUCUGUCGAGGCAAGGAGUUUCACGUUCACAAGAUGAUGCUCGCCAUCUACUCCAAGUAUUUUGAAAAACUUUUCAAUAGCAGCUUCAAGGAGAACAUUUACGGCGUGGUCUAUUUCGAAGACGUUGAGCCGGAGGCCGAUUUGGUGCUGCAUGUCCGGCUCUGGGACCUCGCCAAUCGGCUGGAGGCUUUGUUGAUCAUGCUCACCAUUGAGAAGCGAAUGGUGACUGCGCUGUGGUCUUACGAGAGCAAGCUCCUGGCUAUCAAUCUCAUCGACUUGGUCUUCACGCACCCGAGGUGCGCAGGAUCUGCUCUGGGAUACAUCGUUAGCGAGGCCGCUUGGAUCUUGUAUAUUGAUGCGAGGCGCCCCGACGCUGCUGCCUGGGUGACGAGUGCAUUGUCCAGGUAUCACAACCUGUCGAACCUGAUGGUCUGGUGGUCUGCUCGAUACGCCAAAUCCAGCAGCAAACAUGGAAUACCCGUUCUAUCGAUCAAUACUGUGGAUAUGAGAAGCAAGCUGAUCGAAGAAUCUUUCACGAAGAUACCCCAAGAUCCGGCUAAGACCUGGCCCAAACCUUGA